UUCAUACCACACUUCGUUCUUGUCUUCUUGUUCUUCUUCGUCUCAUUGAAUCGUAACUUUAAACAACUUUAAUCUAUCGGAGACCGUUCCUUGUUUCAAAUUCAAAGCAAAAACUACCGAGGGGGGACCGACCUGCCUCAUUUUUACCUCUUGUAUCCAUAAGAAACCGAGGACUCCCACUUCUACCUUCAAGAUGCAGAAUAUGGAUGUGUCAGGUUUGAAAUCGACAAAGGUGAAAUAAUUUGCCAUGCCUAAAUUGGAUGCCAGGUGUAACCCAGUUUCUAAGUGGCGCGUGACAAAUUUUGGUAGAACCUAAAUCCAGUUUGUCAUGGUGUUUGGUAAGGAAGACGCCUUUUGUAAUGCUACUGUAGCGGCUCACUUUCUACCCGUCAACAGGCUUACAAUCUGCCUCACUUGCCUACUCUGCAAGACAGGCAUUUUGUGGUCUGCAUUUUAUGCAUGACAAAUUAUUUCAACUCUGACGAUUUCGAUCCUGACGCUUCCAUACAGAACAUGCGGCGUACGACAACAAUUCCUAUUCCAUCUAUGCAAGAAAAAAACUGUGUAAAUGUAAAUUUGUGUUGCAGAACAUGCAACAGAGUUACUCCUGUCAUGCCAGACAGCCACGAAGUCCUCUUUUCAACUGUGUUUUCCCCUACAAGCCACGCAUGACAUGUCUUCUCUGUCAUGUAGAGCAAAUUUGUGAUGCUGUUUCUCAAAGAAAGUUACACUUACACACUUUUUUUCCUGGAUACCAUCGUGGCGGCGGCUAGUGAGGAUCUCCUCUUCUGCGGUAGCGGGACUUGCUUGCAGCUCUGCCGGGGCAGCGACUGCGGCUGGUGAAGGUGGAGGAACACCGCAACCCAAGGGGCCACCUCCAAAUCACCCCGCGCUCAACAAGUUUGUGGAGGAGCACCGAAGCAGGUUAGCAGAUACGACAAGAAAAAAAUUUGCCGCUGUUACUCACUAUUUUUUGCAGGUUUUAUUCUUGGGCGAUUUUUGCAGCUACUUCUAUCUGUUAUAUUGCGGAAACUACAGGUGAGAUCGGGAUGGGCAGCAUAAAACAAACAUAUACAUUAGUUGUGCUUAAAAACGUUUGUCACAGCAGGAGCCGUGAUACUAGUUCCAGUCUCAAAGGACAUCAAGAGCAGGGCGUGAAAAAGGUGGCAGCGCCUUGGUGGCGUGCGUUUAUUUGCCGCAGGCUGCCGGGCCGUCGUCGAUGAACGCACCGACGACUGCGGCCAGCAACCGGCCCCACGGUGGUCCUCGGCAAGGCCAAGGGGGCCGCAGUGGCACUGCCGCCCACGGGAUGUCGGUGCACUUUUUCCCUCUUCUGGUUCCCUCUUCUGGACCGCCCUUCCGGGCACCCCCUCGCGGCGAUUUGUGGACAGCCUAAGAGAAGCCCCUGCACUUCCUCAGAAACUGGCGCCUUGGCCUUCGACAAAAAGGCACCGGAAUUCGCCGUCCAUACUAUAUCCCCCCCCUCUCGACCCAUCCCCCCCUGCAGAAGCGCGCGACUUCGGGAGCGUGAGCGCUCUGAGUCCUCGUGCCCCGGCCCCGUUGGAGGAACGGCGAAAAAAGAAGGAUUAGAAGGGGGCCCAGGGGCGCGUGCAGUAUUGGAAACGGGUCGGGCGUCGGCAUUGUUGUUGUUCGUGUAUGAAGGGCCGCGUGGACUUGUCCAAUUUGAGCAAAGUUCCGGGGCUACAUUCUUCAAAAGACGAUAGCGAUGUUGACGUAGACCGGCGCCGGCAUGUUGUACAUAACGACGACCAAGGCGCAGUAGCAAAAUGCAAGAAAUAGGUCAUGAAAAAACCUGAAAAGACAACUUGGCGAUCGCCUCCCGGUGUUGCUCGCCUCCAAAUAGAAUGAGGCGAUUUGCCGACUCUUCCGGUUCCGCCCAAGCGCAACAGCAAGGGUGCAGCAUGAGUAACGCUGCGCCCUUGUUGUUGUCACUUACACACGCACAAUGUCAUGAUGCAUUACUUAAUCACGCACAAUCAAACUAAGAGCUUGCUCACUAACGAAGGAUGUCACGCGCGUUGAUGCAUGACAGUCAGAAGAAAAGAUGCUGAAUAAUGACGGUGCUAGCGCCGGCGAAUUUUUUGCGUUUGAGAAGACGGGGACCAUUGACGGGGACUGCGGGUGUGCCAAAACUUCCGGGUGAGAUAUUUUUAGACUUGGAAUUGUAUAUAUUGCAAGGAAGGAAGUGUCCUCGUCUUCGUGUUCGUAGCAAGUGCAUGGAAGUAAACUCUUGCGCGACGGAUUCACGCCCCGGGAAAGCUCUUACAUACGAUCUACAUGAUCUUUGCAUGCGGAAGCGGAUUCUACCAAGAAAUACAAUUGCAAAAACUCAAUAAGUAUCGAUCUGGGUCCGUCUGAAAGAGUGAGCUUGUUUGUCAUGCAUCUUUCGAAACACGCGAUUGUACUGAUAUGAUAAACAUAAACAGAAGAUGAUCGUCUGGAAAAUUUUUUUGCCAAAUGUCCUCCGUAUCGGGCCCAGUUGAUCGCGAUCACUUUUGUUCCAGACCCAGACUAUUGCUUGCGAUGCAGAGAAGCUAGCCUGCCUCUUGUUCAACAAAGAACAGCCUUUGUUCAAUAUACUUAAUCGCUUCCGCAGGUACUGGAUAUCCACAGAAACUUUGCCGCACACGUACAAUAGGCCCGUCUGCAUAAUAACUAGGUGAAGCUACUUUCAUUUUACUAAUAUACUAGCGCGAUGCUUUAUUUUCAUUGCAUACCUUCUGUACUUGUGCGAUAAAUUCGUGUUGCAUAGUGCAUCCUUUUUUCGAGAUCCGGAGGCAGCAGAUGAACGAAGGAAAGAGGCGGACCGAAUGCGGCGCCAUAUCCAACAAGAAAAGAGAUGAGCUAUGGGAUUCUCGAACGUUGCAUGGUCAGCUGUUGCGUGAAUUUUCAUGCAGAAUUACCAUCAGCAUCACACGCAAGCUGCUUGCCCGCAUGACAAGUUCUCGGCGCGCUCAGUAGCUGCAGCAGAAUCCGUGCCGGAUUACUUGCCUCCUGUAAUGCAAGACACGCAAUCGCUUCGUCUUUCCUUUCACUUUUGCUAUUCGUGCAUCGCAAAUCCAUGUAGCCGCUGACUAUGUAACGUUUGAGAAGUCCAUAAGGGCUACAGUUCACUACACAUUUGCUGUCACACGCACAACAACAGCAACACAGCCUUGCCCCGCAAAAUGAAGAAAAGUUGCAGUGCGGAGACCUUCUCAAAAUAAAGGUACUACUGGUACUAGGCCGCUCAGCAGGUCUCGCAUGACAAAGGUUGUUUGUGCUCCUGGUGUUGCAAGAAGAAAGAACCCGUUGUACAACUGUAACUGCAACACGUUUUUCUUUGCAUACGCGGUGAACGAGUGGAACGCACUCUGAACAAUUAUGAUAAUGACGACGGGCAGGUACAGCUACAGGCUUCGCGUUUUUUUCUUCUAUCGGAAAUAGAAUCUGUCGCAGUGUAAACCUGAUGCGAAGCUACUAAAGUGUGCUACAUACUAGAAAGAUUUUCUCACGUGUUUUGUUUUACGAAGCACGUGCCUUUCUCAGACUUUUGAUGUAGUCGAGAGCAUGAGCAUAUAAAUAUGUCAUAUUUAUUAUUAUAUGCUCAUGCUCUCCGAAAGAAAUAGGCAAUGCACGCAAAAGCAUUCCAGAGAUUGCGCAGGCUUCCUGAUGCCCGCGCCCCAUGAUGAGGAGUGCGGCACUUUUAUUUGUAGCAGGAACAGGAAGUGAUAACUUUCGGCAUUCGUGCGACGACGUCACAGGUUACUUAAUAUUCUAUGAUUCACACUUUUUUGCAUAGAAGCCUGCACGUGCACCUCGUGUCUAUGCGCUGCACCUGAACAAACACGAUUAGGAAACUGUAGAAGUUGUUGUAAUGGCAAACUCUUCUCCAAGUUGUACGUGUACCAUAUCUAUGCACUGCAAAUUUGUCUGGUGCUGGAUUUGUAACGCGAGAUCCGAUGAAGGAAAUGGACAUGGAGAAGGAUGACAAGAUUCAUAUAUAUGAUCGGCCAUUUUUUUUUGUCGUGCACGUGCAUGCUGGAGAUCAGUUUGCCAUGCGUGUUGCGAAUGAAUAUCAAUAUGCGAUCUGCGUCGCAAAACUUGCGAUGCUCUUAUGCCUUACAGGCGGAUACUAUGCGAUGCGGCAUUCAGCAACACAAAUCCCUAGACCCAGACGGAUUUGCAAUGCAUAUACGAAAACGCUAAUGGCAUAAGGAAGCGCCAGGUUGGAAAUAGACAAAAUGGAAGGAAUUUGCGAAGCGCAUAAAUCGUAUACAUUGCAAUAGUAGUACCGUACUAAUUCGUAGAAAUCGGAUAUACAAAAGAGAAACGCGAAUCCGCCGCUUGGUCUGCCCGUCUGACGCCAGGCCUGGUCUCCCCGUCUAAAGCCAGUCCAAGUCUGCCCGUCUGACGCCAGGCCUGGCCGCCUGUCUGGCGCCUGGUCUCUCUGGCCAGCUGCCGCGCGGCCUGGCCGCGGUCUGAAGCCCGGCCCGGUUCCCGGUUUCGCCGCCCGACACCCGGUGCGGCCGUCUGACGCCAGCCGCCGGACUACCCUGCUCCGCCCGCUCACAGAAUUCCGGGCUCCCCCGGCGGGUAGCUGGCCCAUAGGAUACCUGGUCCCAGGGUGCGGCGCCUGAUUUACGCCUGGUUCAUCCCAUAGAUAUACAUGCUAUCGCUAUUAUUAGUCUACUUCUUAUUGCGCGACACCUCGAAUUUGAUUGCCAUUCUGCAAAGUUCCAACCUGAUAUGGCAGUUCGGCGCGAACGGGAGUGUCGAGGGAGCGGGAGGUAUAAAGGAUAUUAUCCUGCUUUGGAAAAACGUUCCAAGCCCAUUACUAUCUACGUACUCAUGCGAAAAUAUUGUAUUCAUGCGAGAGUAAAAAUAUCGGUCUAGAGAGGGUAGACGAGAGGUCGACAGGGGUGGAGGGGUGGCGCGGGAAGUAGUUCGGGAGGGUGGCCGAGUAGAGGGGGCGGCGCGUCGAUUAUAGCCCACCAGAGGGGCCGCCCUUUGGGGCCGCGAAGCAAGCGGCACGGAGGUGGCAGAGAGGUAGAAAAGAGGGCGGGCGAGAGGUGGACAGAGGCGCCGAGGGGUUGCGCGAAUAAGGGGAGACCUCUCGCGCAACCUCUCGGCGACCUCCCGGCCACCUCUGUCGCCCUCUGCCCGCGAGUAAUAUAGCCCGACUAUUAGCGGGGACCCCCGAUAGAGGUCACGAAGAGGGCGGGCGAGAGGGUAAGGAAAUUGCUAAUCCGCAUGGUGGUGCGCCGGUUACGGGACUGCGAUGGGCCUUCCACCGCCCAACCCUCGCGCCAACCUCUCGCGCCACUCUCCCGCGCCACGCUCUCCCUCGCGCCAGCAACAGGCGGCGCCGCGAAGUUGGGCGCGGGCCGGCGAUUUAUAAAAAAGCAGAACAGAGGUCCGCUUCAGCACCCGGACGGGCUCUGUUCGCCCCCAAUGAUGUUCGCUGCAGCUGCCCCCCGCGGGCGCAGAGCGCCCGAAGGCGCGGGAAGCGUGCAAGUGGUCCGAUGGGUUGGCAUGGUGGAAACAGGCGCCGGAGCUCUAGUCGGUCUUGAUCUUGAAUGUUGUGCGGAGAACCGCGGCGCUGUGGUCUGAUCGAUUAACAGUCUGGCCCCGGCGUUAGCCGGAGCAUGGCUGGCGCUAUAUCAUGGAAAUCUGCACGCCUACAAUGUAAAUGAGGAGCAGUGUCAAAUGCUGUCUCGUGGAUGCUUGUCAUCAUGCUAGAAUCAGCAUGAAGUGGUCGGCUCGCGAUGCGGCUGCACUAGCUUGCGAUGUAGCAAAAUUCCAAGCGUCUGGACAAUGGUGGGGCGGGGACGUUUUUCCACACGAUAGCGGACCUCGAUGCGGAGAUACUCGGGCACUACAAAGUAUCCCACAGAAAACAAGCACACCCACAUCUCCCACACCAGGGGAAAUCCGAUUUGCGUGGCUUUCUUUCUGUCAAAAUAAAGUGCGUGCUGCUGUCUGUAGAGCCGCAGAACAGGCAGUCUUUUAUCAUUCUAAUUGAGAGGGUAAAUAAAAUGCGGACCAGGAAGAGAAUGAUUACAUUGAUUUUAGAUUUUUAGAGAAGACCAAGACGCCGCCCGAUGAAUUUCCUUGUCAUGCUGAGCGGGGCAGCUGGCUCCUGCUGCAUGGACCCUGCCCCAUGUUGCUCGUUGUGCUUGCUGCUUUGCGCGUCUCGUCUGCAUCAUUUACCGGCGCCGCUCUUACAAAAGGCCUCGAGAUUUCACGUCCAUGCACGCAAGAAGCGCUUCAGGAGCAUUAUAAUUCGAUAGAAUCUAGCGGUAGCGUAGCUUUAUUUCCGCUUCGUUGCUUGUAGUAGCCGUAGAAAAGGCAAACGCAAAGGGACGAGCUCCUACCCUUAAAGCAUAAUGAACAAUCACCGUCAGCCAGGGUGGGAGUACGCUUCUUGUGACACCGCAAACAGGAGCGCAAACAUUUUUUGACAUGGUAUGGGUGUGCUGGGUGUGCUUUUCUGUAUGAUACCGGAACAAUGCUGAAGGGGAAGCUCUAUCGUCCGAAACAAUGCCCCCUGUCCCUAUGCCUACUACAAAACGUCUCCAAGCCUUCGGCUGCUUUGAAUGUUCCCCCCCACCCGCCGUCCAUCCAAAAGAGCCUGGACUCGAAGCAUGAAUCCUAUGUCGGUCGUGUUUCUUGCUUGCUAUUGCUAAGGACCGAGAAUAGAGAUAUCAUGUGGGGACCGCUUUCUUACGUGACUCUGCCCUUCAACCUUAUAUGAAAAAGUCAACUAUACACCAAAUCAACCUUCAUGCGAUUAUAUCCUUACUAGUGCGCCAGCGCUGUUGUAAGGCAUAUGUACUUUUGCGAGCGCAUGUCAUGAGCAGCAGGCCGCAGCUAGUGUGGCAGAUCGUGCUAGUAAAGGCCCUAUUGCUGAGCUUCCGUCCCCGGAGGAAAUUCGCCCAACGCAAAAGCUUUGCUCUGCUCCAUUUGCAAACUUUGAGCCUUGAUGUUUUGAAUUUCCCAAAUCGACGUCGCAUUCCUUCUGCUUUGGGGUGCCCACAAACGGGCGCCAGGAAAUCAAUGCCGGGGGGAAGAGGCGAAAUCCGCAUAACCUCGGCCGUAUUUGUUCCAGCUCGCCUGUGCUGUCCAGGAACGAAGGCGAAAGCGGCUACCAAAGUCGGCAGCUUGUUAGCUUGCAGGGCGGGGAAAGACAGCAGAAAGCGAGGCGCUUUGAAAAAGCGAAGCUUUUUGGGAAAGGCACUAAAGAAAAGGAAAGCCGGCCAAAGCCUAAGCGUGCCGCCUUCCGCCUUCGCUGACGGGCAGCAAGGCUAUAUGCUAUUGGCCCGACUUUGGGUGACCAAGGGCCCGGCCUCGGCGGAGGCCCUAGCAUGCACGACGGCGCCCCGCUUUUGAAAGCAACGGGGCCGCCACUUUUGCUCGCGACUUUUGUGGUGCGCCACGCCCUGCACGCGGAGCGAUGUUAUGCGCGUGGGCAUGGCGGACACAAAGACAUAGAGGGGCGGCGACUUCCCCGCCCAAAAAAAGAAACAGCACGGCCGCACUACCUGCGUGCUCGUCUAGACGUCGCCUCGUGGCAUUAUUUCAAGUUUGUAGCAGGUGGGGACGGGGCUUUUUUCGUUGUGAGAUAUUGCCUAUGCGGAGGGACGAGUUAGUGCGGACACGAUCCCGCAACAAGGAGCGCACAUGGAGAUAUCACAGAAUGAAAAGCGCACUCGCGAUAGAUGCCGGAACUUGUCAUGCAAUUUUUGCCAUCGCACAAACAAAGAACACCAGCAAAGUGCCUCUUUUCUGUCGAGCACAGAGACUUUUUGCGGCCUUUUCAUGGGUUCCACUUUCGCGCAUAGAGAGAGUGGCGCUCUUUAUGUGCACGAGAAAAAAUUGUCUACGUAGGUAGAAGCUAUUUGUACUCCUUUUUGCACUUUUUUUAGUGCUGCAGCGCCCUCCACUUCUACGCACUACAACGGGCGAGCCACUGCUUUUCUGUGUGAUACAGCCACGUACUCGAAAAGCAGCACGGGAAGAGGCAAGAUCGCCUCGACAGGGUGAAACAAUGCGAAAAAGAACUACAAGAAUGUAUGACAGUAGGCAACUACCCCCCUCAGCCCGCAAAAUUUUCUGCCCGGCCAUGCGGGCGACAGAAGCAGGCUGAACGAUGUCCCAGCUGCUGUGUAUAUCCGGCCACGCUGCUGAUGUGCAUAUCCGGCAUGACAGAACUCGUUUGCCUUGUUAGGCCUUCAACGCAAUGCGUAACUGGAAGUAGCGCUGUUUUCUUUGCAUAAUGAUGGGGGGGUUGUGUGCUGUCAUACUAUCUGGAAUAGCGGUCGGGUUCGAUGCUAUCGAAAGGGAAAAUCCUCCCUCCCCAUACCGGAAGGGUGCGCGUCUGAAUGAAAUUAUGCAGUGUAGAUUUGUGACCACUGAUCGCCCAGGUCUUCGUCUUGCAACCUGAAGGCAACUGCGCGCCACAGAUGGUCCGCUGCAUAAUGCAGGAGGUGUAUGAUCAUGCUCUUGAUAAGCCUGCUACAGCAAGGCUGGCGUCUGUCAUGCUGAGAACCAAGCAUCUGCACCUCGAAACAUCCCUGCCCAGGACUAAGAUCUGCCUGCAGUCCCUUACAGCUGCAGGACAGAGCUGACUGGCGUACACGAAAAAUCCCGCGCCGGCACAGGCUUCCCUUUUAGCCUGAGGAGGGAGGUUUUCAUCUGGAUAGGGGGAGGCAUGUAUCACACAGAAAAAAGCUGGCAGGGCAUAUUUGUAAUGCAAAAAUAAACACACAAAAAAAAAGAAUCUGCAUGGCAUAUACGAAGCAGCAUGCUAUGGGGCCACCCAUGACAAGUUUUUCUGUGUAUUUAUUGUUGCAUUACAAAUAUGCAUGUCCAGCUUUUUUCUCUGGGAUAGCAUGCCUCCAGGAGAGGAGUUGCAAGAGGCCGCGCUGGCCACCCCCCAAAUGUCAAAAGCCGACGACCGUCAGUGUGAGCAAGCGCUGAAGACGUUGCAAAGGAUGCCCCACAGUGUGCUGAAGGGUGAGCGCAAAGGCACUCCAACUUGGGACGCAAUGUACCAGUACUGCCAACUAAAUUUGAGGCGUGGCCCCCCGGGCCUACCGCCGCCGCUGGGGCAAUACAUUCAAGAGAGGAAUGCGAGGGCACGGAACAACAAGGACAAUGCGUCAUACCUUCCGGGCACCAUGCUUCUCGCUUCGAAAGAUGACUCGUUUGCCAUCAGCCAGCGCACGGCCACGGCCCCGAGACCAUAG